AUGGAUGCUCCUGGCACAUCAGCGGCAGAAGCGCACCCUUCCAUCGAGAGGCAUGCCGUGCCUUCACCUGCGUCAGGACCGACCGCUCAUCCUCUUGGCACGUCGCACGGCGAUCGGGCGUCCGUUGGCACGCAGCACAAGCCAGAUCGAGGGCCUGCAUCGCAGCCUCUGCACGGAUCAGCCGAGGCACUGUUGCCUACGGCUAACCCGUCGCAUCCUCAAGCCAAACAUGUCGUUAGACCCGAGAGUGACCGCACUUCGCUGCUUCCGCAACCUCACGACCGAGACUCGCUCGACCGAUCCGCUUCGGAACGACGAGACCCACACGGGACCUCUGAUGAAGGUGGAAUGGCCAUUCUCAGCUCGCACGAGGCCGACCACGCUCCAAGCUACAGCGAUCUCUUCUUCGAUCUGCUGUUUGCCGCCUGCCUCAACACCUACAGCAACGCCGUGUCCCUCCAGAAGCUGGGCGACGUGGCGGCCUUCAUGGGCUAUUUUGGCGCGCUGUGGUGGGCUUGGUGGAGUCAGGCCUACUUCGAUGUCCGCCACCGUCGGCCUUCGCAUCACCAGCCGUUCCUCUUCAAGUCCUGCCAGCGCAUCGUCCGCGCAGCUGUGCUCGGCCUGUGGGUCGCCUUCGCCACCACGCCGUCCGAAUUCGCACGAGGCAGCUUCACCAACUUCAGCCAGAUCUACGGAUACUCACGCAUAGCUCUGGCGCUCGACUAUGCGGUGGUGCUUGUUUGGGAUCUCGUGCAGUGGCGCAAACGUAGUCGCGUAGCUCACCUGGCCUCUCGCGAGGACGAUCGAGACGACGCAGACGAGUCCGACCUGCUCCCACCACCGUUCCAUCCAAAGGCAAGGGAUGCGGGCACCAACGACAUCGGUCGCAUCGUCCAGACACGUGUCCUAUCCAUUGCCUCACUUGUGGCAUCGGGCCUGCUCUGGAUUCUGAGCCGCUUCGUGCGUCACAAUGGUGUGACCGCUCCAUUGCUCGUCAUGUGGAUUCUAGGUGUCGCUCUCGAGGCCGCUGUGCAGAUCGUCAACGAGCUCGGCGGCGUCCUCUCGCCUCUCGGCAACAGCGUGCUGCCCGAACGGCUCGUCCUUUUUGGUCUCAUCGUGCUCGGCGAAGGCUUCACGGGCAUCUCGGAGACGCUCAACAAGAUGAGCCCCGGCGCCAAGCUGCGCAACGAGGCGUCGGGCGGCGUCGCCAUCGAAAGCGGCGGCUGGAGCGCCGACACGAUCCUUCAAGCCACAAGCUGUGUGCUCAUCGUCAUCCUCCAAUUCGGCGGAUACUUCCAUCGAGCUUCGAGCCGCAUCGAUCUCAGCUCGGUGCUCGUCGUGCUAUGGGCCUACAUCCACGUCGUGUUGCACAUGGCCUCGGCGCUGCUCGUGAUCGGACUCAAGAAGAUCCUCGGCUUCAUGAACACGCUCAAUGCGCUGCAGCGCUUCUUUGACGAUCCGACCGUCUACCUGCCAAACUCACCACCUUGGUCCAACCUGACCGCGGACCAGGUAGCGCAACCCUUCAAUGACGAAGACGGCUCGAGCCCUCUCUCGACCAACGGCACGCUUGCCGGCAUCUCUGCCAUCAUUUCUGUGAUCCAAAGCAACGACGGCGCCAAUAUACCCAACCUGUCGGAUGCGCAGCGCCUUGUCGCUUCGGUGGUAGGCCUCGCUGGGGGACAAGAAACAGCCGAGCAGCUUGCAGCGCUUGAAAACACGACUGGGGUGACCAAUCGGCUCUCGUCGCAAUUCGCGCCCAGCUUGGCGUUGCCGUUCAAGUCGUACUUUGAGUUUGCCGACAACGUGAUCAAUCCAGACUCGAUCGACCACUUUAUCACCAACUCGCUGUUUCAGUUCAAGUACAUCUACGUGGCCAGUGCGGUGUAUCUCUGCGUCGACAUUGUGAUCAAGACCAUGCAAAGCUCGCGAGACCGCCAGCUGCGUUCGUUUCGCUGGGCGAUGGUGCUGCGGUUCGUGUUUGCAGUGGUGCUCGUUCUGCUGCAGGUGGUGUUUACCGUGUUUGACGGUGUACCCUCGGACGCGGCGUUGGAUGGAGCACUCGCUAUCUGUGCUGCAGUGCUGCUCGCCGAACUCUUGGCUCAACAGCUGGUCGAUGCUCUUCGACCACGCCUCGACCGGCCUCGGCCAGCAACGCGAAAGUCGCUCUUGUCACGAUUCCGAAUGCGCGAGAGGCCACGUGGACCGUCAGGCAGCAGCUCAACUUUUGCAACUGCCGGCAAGGACGACGACGACGACGAGAUGAUCGAGAUGGAAGCACACCUUAGCGCCGCGAUGCCAACAGAUACGCUCAAACCGAUCGGAUAG